AUGACAGUGACGUACUCACAGCGGGUGGCAGAUGCUCGUCUGGGCACUUUUUAUCGCCUGCUUCUGCGAUGGAGAGGAAGCAUCUAUAAACUGUUAUAUCGAGAGCUGCUGAUCUUCAUUGUGAUGUACGCCACCAUCAGCAUCACAUACAGGUGUGUACUGACUGCAGAGCAGCGCAGGAUGUUCGAGAAGCUCUCAGUGUACUGUGAUCAGUACGCACAACUGAUUCCCCUGUCCUUCGUACUGGGUUUCUACGUGACUCUUGUGGUGUCUCGUUGGUGGGGUCAGUACGAGAGCAUCCCGUGGACGGACCGUCUGUCAGCGCUGGUCAGUGGACACGUCCGUGGCGCAGAUGAAGGGGCCAGACUCAUCCGCAGGAGUCUAAUGCGUUACGCCAACCUGUCGGGCAUCCUGAUCUACCGCUCGGUCAGCACGGCUGUCUACAAGAGGUUCCCGACCAUGAGCCACCUCGUACAAGCAGGUUUGAUGACGGCUGAGGAACUGAAGCAGUUAGAGGAACUGCCUUCCCCUCAUAAUAAGUUCUGGGUUCCCUGCAUGUGGUUUGUCAGUCUGGCCAUGAGAGCUCGGUCUGAAGGACGCAUCAAUAAUGAUGUGGCAAUGACCGCCAUCCUCAACGAGCUGAACACACUGCGCUCUCAGUGUAUGAGGCUGUUCGGCUAUGACUGGAUCAGCCUGCCUCUAGUUUACACACAGGUUGUGACCGUGGCUGUGUACAGUUUCUUUUUGGCUUGUCUGAUUGGCCGGCAGUUCCUCGACCCCGCCCAGGGUUAUCCGGGUCACCACCUCGACUUCUAUCUACCCGUCUUCACCUUACUGCAGUUCUUCUUCUAUGUGGGCUGGCUCAAGGUGGCAGAGCAGCUUAUUAAUCCAUUUGGGGAGGACGAUGAUGACUUUGAGACAAACUGGCUGGUGGACCGUAAUUUACAGGUGUCUCUGCUGUCAGUGGAUGAGAUGUAUGAUCUGGUUCCUCUUGUUGAGAGAGAUAAAUACUGGGAUGAAUCUGAGCCUCAGCUGCCUUACACAGGUGCCAGCGCCGAACACCGUAAACCCUCAUUUAUGGGAUCUGCUUUGGACAUCAGCGUUCCCAAAGAAGAAAUGGAAUUCCAGCACAAUCUGGAGCAGAUUAAAGAACAUGAGGAGGCCAAUCAUUCCACUCCAUUCCUGGGCAGCUUGAGUUGCAUUCUGGGCAUCCAGUCGACCAAUUUCCGCCGCGCCCCAUUCUCUCGUUUCCCCCUCUACCUCCAUCCCGAGAGCUCUCCGAUGCCCAGUCACGCCCGGAAUGCUGACACGGAGGAUGUAUUCUCAUCCAUGCCUCUAUACGAUAGACCGGGUUUUUACAGUUGCCCUCAGACACCCAUCCACUGCGUCCCUCCAUCCAUUCCUCACCAAAAACUCAGAAGAGCGUUCUGCUCCAGCUCCAGCUCCCUGGCGCAUCCCCUGGUUGGCUCGCCAGUGAUGUCUACACCCAACACGCCCGCGCCUCCUUCCUCCGCCUUCCCUUGGGUGGGACAAAACAGUGAACAUUUAGGUCCCACUUUCUGCUUUCCAGACCCUGUGCCCGAGCUGUUACCCAAAGUACGGCCAAGUCAAGGGUUGCCGCCGUGUCGGCGCCUGCCUCUACGACUCUCUUUGGACACGUCACCAUCUCCAUCUACACUCGAAAGGGUGUUUUCUUUCACCCCUCCAUCUUGGUCGCAAGCUCAAAUCAACACUGCCAGUUCAGGGAGUGUGAAUAUGACCGCAGCGACAAACAGCAACAGUAACCUGUGCAACAGGGCAGCAAAUAGUCCCUGGCCAAUCAGCAGAAGCACCACUGCAAGCACAACCAAUUCCGUAAACCCAAGCACCACGGCGACUCAGCAGACAGCCAAUCAGCACAACUCUCCCAACGACUCUGGCAUCUCAUUGGCUGAGGGGGAUCUGUUGGGUGCUGCGUUGAAAAUGAGGGAACAGCUAUGA